GGUCAGGACCUAAAGAACGCCAAAAAAAUAAUUUGUCGAGGUUUGCUCUAUGAAAAGGAGCUGGUUCUGUUUGGUAGUCAGGUUAGGGUUGCAGACUAAGAAAGGAGAAUUUUUCAUACCGACUUACUGAAUUCCAUUUUGGCUUUUCUCCCAUUUUGACUGUUCUGUAUUCAUAUUUUCACUCAUUAUCUUAUCACUUAUUUUCAUUCAUCAAGUGCUGUCCUCAUAUUUUAUCAUAAAUAUUUAUUUUUAUUUUAUUUUCUUCAAAUAACACAAAUUAGAUCGGCCUGCUUUGACCUGUAACCGAGCGGGUAUUCACUUAUAGAGCUACAGUUAUAGAGUGAUUGAAGGACAUGACACAUACAAGCUACAGCAGCACAAAUGAAUGUUUGGCAUUCUCUUCGUAAUGAUACACAAUGACAAGAAUGGCAUGGCAAAUUCUGAUACUAUCUAUCACCUAUGCGGAAGCGGCUUCUGCAGGUCGCUUGGCCUCCAAUGUCUUCUCGUACUCCUCAAUGGACUUGAAGAGCUCGGAGAAGUUGCCCUUCCUGAAUCCCUGAUAGAGCUCCGGAUUAAGCUCUAUCGGGAGAUUGGGAAUUAGGGAUCAACUAGGGAUUGAUCCGGGAAAUUGGGGAAUUGAGAGACGGUGAAUUUGGGUGAUUGGAAUGAGAAGAGAGGAGGGAAAGAGACUGCUGCCAAUCGGCAGCUUGGAGGAAGAAGAAGAAGGCUCGGCGGCCUAGAGAGGAAGAGAGAGAGAGAGAGAGUGCAAUUAGUAUUUAGGUUUAAUCUUUGCUUACCUUUACCUACGUAAAACAAUAGUUUAAAUACCCAAACACAAUUACCUACUAACUACCCCAACUUAUUAAUCCCCCCAAUUAUUUCCCAAUAACCAAAAUAAACCCGAACUAAAUAAUUCAAACCGACAUAAAUCCCAAAUAAGUAAAACGCCUAUCAAUCCCCCAAAACCACCCUUCUGGAACUCUUUCCCUGCCUCAUCCUUCAUCGUGCUCCCCACUCUCUGUAUUAUCUCGAUGAAGAUGUUCGGCCUGUCAAACACACAACAAAUUCCCAACUCGCUCGCUCAAUUUUCACAAGAGGUGCGAUAACAUACAAAAAUAUAUAGGACAUAGCCUCUUGCUCCAUGGUUAAGCUAAGAGGUAGCAGAAGAUACCACAGAUCUCAUACUCCAGACAAACACCACUGCUACAAAAUGGAAUUUAGUAAGUUGAUAUGAAAAAUUCUCCUUUCUUAGUCUGCAACCCUAACCUGACUACCAAACAGAACCAGCUCCUUUUCAUAGAGCAAACCUCGACAAAUUUUUUUUUUUUUUUUUGGUGCUCUUUAGGUCCUGACCCAGAAGCCCAAUUUCUCUCGAUGGUAUCUACUUUCUUGUACUUUACCAAUUUCAGCAUCGAUUGAAACUCUACCUUCCUCGUUUAUCAACUUACUAUACCUAUCUUUGUUCCCGAUAAGCAAGAAAAAGGAAGCCGCGCAGGAGACCCAAUGUAGAGAAUCGUAUUAGGGCUAGCUACCUUUCCAUGUUUUAUUAUGAAAUUUUGGUUCGAGGAUUGAAAUUUGGAAAAAUGGGGACGCAUUAGUGGAAACUAGAAAGGCUACGUUUCAUUUUCCCCUGGAAGUCUCUCCCCAACACUCUAAUUUCGUAGACUUUUUGCAAUAGAAAAGUGAAAAGGAAAGAAAUGGGCCUGUUGGAUACAGAAGCAUAUCCGAGCUUGUUUGGAUACUCUCUAGUAUUGGCUCAUCAUCAUCCAACCCUCCUGCUACCUUGUGCAUUUGUUUUGUCCAGUGCAUUGCUGACUUCAAGAGUUAACUUAAGGUGGUGUAAAAUGUUGAUGCGGAUAAAUCUCUAAACCAACGUUUCCUACUCCUUCGAAAUUACCUGGAGAACUAAGAUAUUUCUCAUUGCAUAAGAUUAUUUUUUAAUGGCGUUUGACGGGGUGUCUUUGGAGGUAUCCACAAAGUCAUAUACUACAUGCCAAGAAAGACUCAAAUUCCUAGAGGUCUUGCAAAAUUCUAAAAACCAGAACCAAACAGUAGUUACAUCAUUCUGACAAGUUUGAGAGAGUAUAAAGGAGGAUUGAAUAUUGAGGAUGAAACUUUCAAGUAUGUAAUGAAGUAUUGGGUAAAGA